AUGGCUGCACACAUUAUUUCAACGCCCUCGGAUGACGGGCCUGUCAUUAAGGAGCGAAAGACGAAAGGCGGCAGGACGCUUCAAUACCGAUUGACAGUGCUGCAGCAACCCGAGCGAGCUCGUGCUUGCGGUUCCGGAUCCAAAUCUGCUGCCGACCGCCGACCUGUGGAUCCGCCUCCCGUUGUCGAACUCCGUAUCUUCGAACUAGGUCCCAAUGCUGGCGAGUCUAAGGACAUUACUUUCCACUACAACGCCAACUUCUUCCUUUUCGCGACCCUCGAGCUGGCCCGGCCCAUGGCCCACGGUCGUGUCCAGACUCCCGCAGCCACUGCCACACCCGUCCUGACCGGGAUGCCCGUUUCCGGUAUGGCCUACCUUGACCGACCUGCCGAGGCUGGUUACUUCCUAUUCCCCGAUCUCUCAGUUCGCCACGAAGGCCGCUACAAGCUGUCGUUCAAUCUGUAUGAGGAGACCAAGGAGGAGAAGUACUUCGACGAGGAGACAUCCGAGUCCAAGGGGUCGCCCGUGGGUGCCUCGUUCGACUGGAGGAUGGAGGUCAAGUCCCAGGCUUUCUGUGUCUACAGCGCCAAGAAGUUCCCUGGUCUAGCCGAGAGCACUGCUCUCAGCCGAACUGUUGCGGAUCAAGGAUGCCGAGUUAGGAUACGACGCGAUGUUCGAAUGCGCCGACGAGACGGGAAGCCUUCCACUUCGGACUACAAGAAAGCCGAUGACGAGUAUUCGCAUAGACCUACCGCUCGCACUCCCGAGAGACAACAACCCCACGAUUAUAGGCAACGAUCCGCGAGUGCCGCUAGUGACCACAGCAGAGCCCCUUACCCGCCCGAGCCUCAACGACGACCGUCAAUCUCAGAAUCCUACGCCACCGGACCCCCACCGCCUCCUCCCCCGCCGGGUUACGGCCAGAGCGGGCACCUCGGAUUUGGACACACCACCCCUCACGCUCCCCAACAGUACUCUGAUGUGCAACCUCCAGCGUCGCCUACGACAGCUUAUCCGAACGGUCACCCAUCUCCCUUCCAGGCGCCUCAGAGCCAUACAUACAACUACGGAAGCCGACCCUCUUCACGGUCUUUCGGAUCUGCCCAGGGCUCGUUCGACGAGCGGCGUGCGUCUAAUGGAUAUGUCCCUCCCUCUCCUCAUGCUCAAGAGAAACACGAAGAUCGACGUAGGCCGUCCCAAGGAUAUACCACCGCUCCUUCUCCCGUGCGAUCCAGCCAUAGCAGCAAGGUAGACGUGAGGUUGCCACCGAUAGCGCAGAUGUUUGCGGGCGUUGAUGGAUUCGACAAAUCGAGGAAGCAAGCAGGUACCACCACCAUCGAUAACAGGAUAGAGCCCGAUCCUGACCCGACCCCUGCGCCUGCGCCCUACGCCAACGUACCGACUGGUUCUAAGAGGCGCCUGGAGGAGUCCACAUAUACUGCCCCGCUAUAUAACGGCCAACGCCCUAAGGAGAAUGACUCCGUGGUGACUUACGACGGCCUUCGUCUUCGGAAUGCUUCCGGCUAUAUGAAACAGUUCGCAGAGAACACAUUCAUUGCGGAAGCCACCGAGCAAGUGUCGUGA